AUGCGCACGAUUUUUCGGCGUUCUUCGCGCGCGGCUGUCGCGGCGCUCUCGCUGUCUGCCGCGUCGCCUGUCGCCGCGUCGCUGUCGCGUUCUCUGCGUGCGUUUGCGAGCCCCGUGCAUCCUUCUUGCACGGAGUCUCUCUUUUCCGUCUCUGCUGCGCGCCUCUCUGCGCUGACGCCUCCGGCCUUCGCUUCUUCUUCUGCGAGUCCGUCCGCAGCGCUGCGCCAGCGGUUGAAGCGCCUGCUGGCGCGUCGCGCGCAUGCCUCCGCGGCCUCCCCUCGCCAAACCGAAGACAUCGUGCUGCUGUUCCUCUCGCUCUCGUGGGUCGCCGUCGCCUCUGGCCUCUUCGCGUACUUCAGGUGGAAAACCAACACGCGCGAGGCGCGACAUCCGUACCUCGAAGAGGCGCGGCGUCUGAUGGAGACUGACGAGAGAGUUCGAGAUAUCUUCGGAAGCCCCCUGGAGUUUCGCCCCGUCGCGGACACGACAGAUUCCUCCGGCGUCUUCAAGCGCGCAAAGAUGCAAGUCUCAGGACCGAAGGCCUCUGGCUCGGCGUUCGUUUCAGCCUUCCUGCCAGACGGCGAUGGCGAGGGCGACGACGAGGAUUUCCAGACGCUCUUCGCCGACGAGAAGGUUGACUGGAUUGCGCUGCGCGAGCGGCCGUAUCUGUUGAAGCAGUGGACGCUGGACGGCGCGCGGGCGCUCUACGCGGCGGGUCGCAGCGUCUUGCUCGGGGAAGUCUACGAGGAGGUCAGGCGGCGCGAUCGCGCGCCGGACGCCGCAGCGGCGGGCUCCGGAAGCGAGAGACGCGAAGGCGCGAAUGGCGGGCGGAAGACGCACUGGGUGCUCGACACGUUGUUUGUGCAUAAGACUCCGGAGGCGAGCGCCGGGGAGACCCACGCCAGAGACAACGAAGGAAAAGGUGGAGAGCGAGCGGAAGCCGAGGCAAAGAAAGGGGAGACGAAGGCGCUCAUCGCCGUGAAGGGAAAUCCAUACGACAACCCCGAUAUCGAGCCUUUCCUUAAGCCCGAGGGCGGCGCGCGCGCAGGCUCGCGGCACCCGAUCGGGAGCUUCCUUCUUCUCGCGUGCCUUCUCCUUCUCUGUCGUCAGACCUACGCGGAGAUUCGAGGCGCGAUCGACCGCGUGGUGUGCUACAAGUACCUCAAUUACUUUGCGCAGACUCACCCCGAUCUUCGCCGCAUCCUCCACGAGACUGCGCUUCGGAAUGGUAACGGCGCGGGUGAGGCUUCAGGCGCGCGCGGCGGAGCGCCCACGCGGCCAGAGAAGGCCGCGCUGGCGCGCCUGCUCUCCGAUCAAGACCUCAGCAUCACCGUCGACUACUUCGCCGGAAAGAUGACUCAGACGGCGUUGAAGGGCACCGCGUCGCUCUCCUUCUCCUACCCCGAGGCGAAAGGCGCGACGGAGACGCCGCGAAUCGCCGCGCACACCGGAGGCGAGCAGCUCGAAGCAGAAGGAAGCAAAAUCCCAAACGUCGCCGAGCUCUGUAUCGAAGCUCUGCGACCCUCGCCAAGCGCACCCUUCAAGGCACUCGUGAGCUCCGUCCGCGUGAUUCGCGAGCCCAGCCCUGAAGACGAAGUCGGCGACGGCGCGCCGUUUCCCCUGCUGCUUUCCUUCAAUCUGCCGCCUGCACGCGUCGCGCCUUACGCGGCUUCCGCCUCGCUCUUCUCCUUCUCGUUCCUCGGGAGCAAGGCCUCGAAGAAGAAGAAGCGCGAGACGCCAGUCCCCGAGCCCGCGGAGACUAGGGGAAGGCGCAAGUAG